AUGAAGGCUAUCCUUGGUUCCCAAGGAUUAUGGGAGAUUAUUGAGAAAGGUAAUUUCGUUGAACCUCAAAAUGAGGUUUUUGAAUCAAGCCCAAAAGGAAGCCUUGGAGAAAGAAAGGAAGAAAGAUCAAUGUGUGCUCAUCUUAUUCAUCAAGGCUUAGAUGAUGACAUGUUCGAGAAGGUAGCCAACGAAACAAACUCCAAGCAAGCAUGGGAUACUCUUCAAAAUUCCGUCAUGGGAGUUGAAAAAGUGAAGAAAGUGUGUCUUCAAAUUCUAAGGGCUGAGUUUGAAUCUCUUUUGAUGAAAGAAAGUGAAUCCAUUUCAAAUUACUUCAUAAGAGUCUUGGCGGUGGUGAAUCAACUGAAGAGGCUUGGAGAAAAAUUGGAAGAUGUUCGUGUUGUUGAGAAGAUUCUUCGCUCUCUCAACUUCAAAUUUGACCAUGUAGUGGUAGCCAUUGAAGAAUCUAAAGAUUUGGAGGUCAUGUCCAUCGGAAAAUUAAAUGGAUCCUUACGGACUCAUGAAGAAAGAAUGAACCGAGGCAAGCAAGAGCAAGUGGAGCAAGCCGAGCAAGCAAAGCUUUCAUUGAAAGCUAAAGGAGAAGCUUAUGAAAAUAGUAGAAGAGGCCAAGGACGCGGAAGAGGUUGA